AUGGACGGGGCGGCUCUCCCACGGCGCGAGGCCGAUGGCGUGGAGCUGUCGAUGUGCAGCUCCGAGGACCCCCUGAAGAACCGGGAGAAAGGCAAAGUUGAGGUUGACAAGGACAUCGAGCAGCAGGACAGCGAGGAGGCCCGCGGCCUUGCAGAUCCUGGCUGGGCCCGCCCCGUGGCCACGCUGAUCUAUGUGUGCGUGGCCGUUGGCCACCUCAUCUUGCUGAAGGAGCAAUGCCUUGAGACGCAGUCCGAGGGCGCCCUCUUCGUUUCCCUGGCUGCGCUGCAGGUGUCGCUGAGUUUCGAGGCCACGGUGUAUGCAGUGGGAGGCCUCGUGCAGCCAGGUGGAGUGGGCUUUGUUGUGAACUUUUUGGAGUCUGCUGGGCGCUUCCGUCUCCUGCUGGGAGCCACUGUGUGGGCUUGGCUCGUGCCUUGGGCUGCCGAAGUCCACUGCCGUUGCGGUGAGCAGCCUCCUCGAGCCACGGCAGUACUCGCUCACCAACAAGGCCAGACGUUGGCAUGCUUUGUAAGUGCCUACUUCGCCCUGCGUGAAGCCUGCGUCCUCCUCCGCGGCGAGCCGCCCUCUGCUCUGGACCGGUCGGUUCCACCUCGCUUUGGCGACUGCCUGCCCGGCAAUGCGCUUCUUGGUGGCCAGUUUCGCAUGGACAAGGCUGAGUUUGAGCAGACUGGAAGGACGGUCUUCGUUCCAUCACGACUUCGCGCUGGCCUGGACACGUCCAGUGGACUGGCCCUGGCUGCGCAUGUCGCAGCUGCCCUGGCCUUGCGCCAGAACCGCUGGGUCCUGGCGACGCUGCUUUGCUUCCUGGUCCGGAGGCUCGGCGGUGCCUGGGAGCUGCUGUUGGGGCGUCGUGGAGCCUGGGCUCGUGAGGUUCCCCGCCUGCUUUGCCGCUUCGGAGAACUGUGGUGGCUUCGAUGCGCUCUCUGGCAGCUGCAGCUAUGCGAGCUCGAUGCCAGCGGCCAGCUUGCUCAAUGUGCUAGCUGA